AUGGAACAGGAGGAUAAGGAAGAUGAUGACGAAAACAAUUAUUGGAGUCAUAACAGUGGUGGAAGUGGAAGCAUGGAGGGUUCGACGGGACUGGGUAUAUUAGGCGCAACGACAGAAUCAUAUAUGUCGGGAAAAGGGGGCCAUAUAAUCAUGAAAGACGUCUUAUUUCUAGAGAGUGACGUCUAUGAGCCCCAGCCGCCGCGCCUCUUGGAAAGGCCGAGGUGA